UGGCAACGGGCGCCGAGCGAUGGCGUCACUUCCGGCCGGGGCGGGGCCAGCGCCGCCCCCGCCUGGGAGGCCGCAGCGGCCGCGGGGCCUCGGGCAGCGCCGCGCGGGGCCGGGGCCGGGAGAAUGUGCAGGCCCCCGCAGCCGCCGGACGGACAGAUGGACACCGCAGCCCCGCCGCACACCCCGGCCCGCGCUGCACGGCCGGCGCCGGCCGUGCCCAGGGCCAGCUGAGGACUCGGCGUCUCCGGGCCGGCGUCGUUCCCGGCCUCUGUCCGAUUCGGAUCCUCCCUCGCCCCGGGCGCCUCCCGCCUCGCCGCCGUCAUGAAUGGGCUGUCGAUCAGCCAGCUCUGCUGCCUCUUCUGCUGCCCGCCCUGCCCCAGCCGCAUCGCGGCCAAGCUCGCCUUCCUGCCCCCGGAGCCCACCUACGCCAUGGUGCCCGAGCCCGAGCCCGUGGGCAGCACGGGCUCCCUGCGGGGCGCCGCGGGCCGCUGGAAGCUGCACUUGAAGGACCGGGCAGAUUUCCAGUACUCCCAGCGGGAGCUGGACAACAUCGAGGUGUUCGUCACCAAGAGCAGCCGGGGCAACCGCGUCGGCUGCAUGUACGUCCGCUGCGUGCCCGGCGCCAGGUACACGGUGCUCUUCUCCCACGGCAAUGCCGUGGACCUGGGGCAGAUGAGCAGCUUCUACAUCGGGCUGGGCACCCGCAUCAACUGCAACAUCUUCUCCUACGACUACUCGGGCUACGGCGUGAGCACGGGCAAGCCCUCGGAGCGGAACCUCUACUCCGACAUCGACGCUGCGUGGCAGGCGCUGCGCACACGGUACGGGAUCAGCCCAGAGAACAUCAUUUUGUAUGGACAGAGCAUCGGCACGGUGCCCACGGUUGACCUGGCCUCCCGCUACGAGUGCGCGGCCAUCGUGCUGCACUCCCCGCUCACCUCCGGCAUGCGCGUCGCCUUCCCCGACACCAAGAAGACCUACUGGUUUGAUGCCUUCCCCAACAUCGAGAAGAUCUCCAAAAUCACCUCUCCUGUGCUCAUCAUCCACGGUACGGAGGAUGAAGUCAUCGACUUCUCGCACGGCCUGGCGCUCUUCGAGCGCUGCCCCAAGGCUGUGGAGCCGCUGUGGGUGGACGGGGCCGGGCACAAUGACAUUGAACUCUACAGCCAGUACCUCGAGCGCCUUCGGAAAUUCAUCUCCCAGGAGCUGGCCAGCCAACGCAACUAGCCAGGGGGACAGGCAGGGGGUUCUGCGUGUUUCUCCAGUUCCCCCGGUAGCUCUCCUUAGUCCCUGCUGCUGGAGCUGUAGUGAGUUUGUUGAGCCUCAGCUCCAGGCUCAGGAGGCCCUGGAAUGGACAGUGUUUGCUCUCAGACAUGAGCACAGCUCUCCUCCCUGCUGGUGCCAGCCCCCGGCGCUGCUGGCACCACCGGCCUGGCUGGCCAGAGAUGGCAGCUCCCUCCUUCCCCCUUCCCAGAGACAUGAGCCCACCCUCCGACGGUGGAUCCUUGGCUUCAGACAUGUCCUCGCCUCCUCUCCCAAACCGGCCAAGUCCCGAGUCCCUCCCGGCCGCUCUGCUGCUCUGACCAUAGCAAUAAGGCGAGUUGGAGAGGGGCUGGGGCCCCGGCCCCUCCCCGGCGUCCCCGUGGCUGGGACAGAGGAGGUGGCAGUUCCCGCUCUCCAUGGAGCUUUCCCGGGACCAGCACUGGUGGUGCCCGGUGUUCACCCUGCGGCUGGGGCAGAGCCGUGUCCCCACGGGGACUAUGGGGAUGCAUGGAGGAGGUGCCCCCCUGCCCCACACCUCCUCCAGUCUGGCGCUGCUCAGCCUUCCCUGAGCACUCCGGGUGUUGGGGUCACCCCUGGAAAACCUCCGGACCACUCACCUGGGGAACGGGGCGAGGGAACCAGGCAGCGAAUAAAGAGCAGAGGUUUAAUGUUUCA